CCGCACGGGGGAGGGACCGCUGCUCGCCGCGCCGCCCACGCCCUCGCGCCGCGGAGCUCUCGCCGGGCCCUCGCCGUCUCGCCCGCCCGCGCCUCUGCCCGGCGGCCGCGAUGUCCGACAAGGAGUUCAUGUGGGCCCUCAAGAACGGAGACUUGGAUGAGGUGAAGGACUACGUGGCCAAGGGUGAAGAUGUUAACAGGACACUUGAAGGUGGGAGGAAGCCUCUACACUAUGCAGCAGACUGUGGACAACUUGAAAUUCUGGAAUUUCUGCUAUUAAAAGGAGCUGAUAUUAAUGCUCCAGACAAACAUAAUAUCACACCACUCCUAUCAGCAGUCUAUGAAGGCCAUGUUUCCUGUGUGAAAUUGCUUCUGUCAAAGGGUGCUGAUAAGACUGUGAAAGGCCCAGAUGGACUAACUGCCUUUGAAGCCACUGACAACCAGGCAAUAAAAACUCUUCUUCAGUGAUGGAUGGACUGUUAUCUUAAAUGUCUCUCCUGUGGCCUCACACUGCUGCCUGUCUGUCACUCUUUGCAUCUUCCAGCUUCUUCAGCUAAAUACUUUGGGGAGAGGGAGAUUCUCUCUAGUUAGGGGCUUUAUCAAAGAUAAUCUGUUCGGACCUCUUUUCAGUGCACAAACUUUUCUCGUUUCUAGUGAAAAAGGAGAGGGGAAAAGAGAUCAUGAUCUUUAAUUUUUGGCUUGUGAACUUCCUAAGUUAGUACUAAGGUUUUAGUUCAAAGAUCUGUUUAGAUGGAAUGUACCUAAGACCAUAAUUGUGAAGGAAACAAUAGUCCCAUGGAAUUAGUGUCUACCAUAAACUGAAGUAUAGUAAUUAAUGUAGAUGACUGGGUUGCUUUUCUCUCCUCUCUCUAUGGGUAGCUUUAUUCAUCUGCCUAAAGCUUAUGUUGCAGUUUUAAGGACUUUUGGUUAAUGGAGCUGUACUUCAUAUUGAUUAAUUGGAUGUCACACUAAUGGUUUUCUGACUCUUGAGUAAACCAGGAAGAUCAGCUGAGGCAAAGCCCUAUUACACUCCAGAAUAUCUGCCAAGGUACUUUUGGAUGCUUGAACUUCGAUGUUUCCUUUUCCAUAUGUGUUCUAGUCCAGAACAGAGGUUUUAACCAGCUUUUUUUGAGAAAAUUAAAAACGUCACUAGAGUCAUUUCCAGAAGGAUUGUAAGAAGAAAUUUAUUUACUCACCAUGUCAACGUAAAGUCAAUAGGUUGAAAGUGCGUAGUUUGAAAAUUUCAGGCUGUUUGAUAUACAGGGAUAAUCAAAUGAAAUGUUCAAAAUGAACAAUAAUUAUUUAGACAUUCAUAUCAGAGGUAAAUAUAGAUGCUAAACUUCUUGGUAAGCUUUGCAAUACAUGCAGAGCUUCCUAAGUUUAGUUGUUAGGAACAGGAAGACUUACAGGUAGAAAUCUUAAUUAGCCCUAACUACCAGGGUGGGAUGGAGUGCAUUCUUGUAUUCACGUUUCAUUGCUGACUGAAUGAACCUUUUAAAAUUGAUUAUUAAGGCAUGGAGCUUAUUCUAAAAGUUCCCACUGCAGCCCUACCAUAUUAACUAUCAUAAUUUAGGUAAGAGUUAUUGUACCGCUGUACAUGGCAGUACUGCAACAGCCUUGACAACUCAUGGGAAGGUAUUUAAAAUAGUGAUAGGGAUUCCUGUCACAUCCUACAGUUCUCAGGAAUGCAAGAGCUUCUGGCUUUCAUCCCGAAAUUUUCUUCAGACUGCCAGUUCACUCCAGAGUGAAUAACAGGUUUUAUAACAAAAAAGUCUAAACCACAAAGUUGUACACCUUCCUUUUUUAAAAUACAAUUUUCAAACUUUCUGAUACCAUACAGAUAACACUGUACAUAAAAUUUUACGCUGAAUUCUUAAAAGUAGCUGAUACUAUUUUGCUGUCAUAGCUGAAAUUGGGAGGUUGUGUAGAAGUAGAUUGGUGACAACCACUAAAAUAUUUCAUGGAGAUUAGUUUUACUUGAAUCAUGUUGCAUAAUAUUAGUGAAUGUCUCACCUGUAAAACACCUGGUGUUUAAAUGGUAGAAUGAGAUCCUGAACUGACUUUACAUGUACGUAUCCCAUAAGAAGAGCAUGGGAAAAAAACACUGGCCAUGAACUGUACAGUGCAAUUAAUUGUGCUUCCUGGAAAUGAGUGGCAAGAAAGAGAAGGAAGAUAGGAAAUGAGUGGUAAAUCAAUUGGUAAUGGCUUGAUGAGCAGUACUCUUUAAUGAAUACUUAAAGAAAACCCUGUAAUCUUAACUCUGAUGGUCAUGUCAUUGCAAUAGUGUGAACAUAGAAUAUAGGUUUCAUUUUUUAUUCAGCUAUGAAAGUAAACAUCCUUGGCAUAAAUUUGUUUCCGUGUUAUGCUAAUAAAUACUUAGGUACUAAAAUCCUAGUCUAGAAAACUGCAAUCUGUUUUAUGUGGAAAACUUGAUUAUUCAAGUUUUGUGUUGAUUAGUGUCAAGUUGUCUGGCCAUAGGCUUUCUCCUUCUUUUUUUUUUCUCCUGUACUUCUGAUUUUUCCCUCCCCCUGCCUUCAACUCGCAUUUAAGUGAGCGUUAUUAUAUAAAGGAGACAUCAUCUUUGUACUAACUCUUCUGAUAACUCACUGAGGCAACUUUGCCUUUCUUUUUCUACAGUUGUGUGAACACCUUUUUCUUAAUUGAGGAAAAAAUGCAAACAAACUUCAAGUGUGAAUUUGGCUGUAGUGUACACCCAAGAUGCCUUUCUAGAUAGUGAAAAGAUGACAUUUAUUGAUUGAAUCAUCAAAAUUUUUUUUUGCACUACAUGAGAAGUGAUUGAUAAUUUUGCCCAGAACUUUGAAAAAACUAAUGAUGAUGAUGAGAAAAGCUGAACUCUUUCAUGAUUGUCUAGAAACAGGGCUUGUUCAUUCAUUCCUUUCCUUUUAGUUUUGUUGUGAAGAAGAAAAAUGAGUGCCUACUUGUGUCUUUGAGUAGGUCUUAACUAGAUGAAUAUACCAAAUCUUAAAUUAUUUUGCAUUCUGAAAACAGUACUUUCUCAGACUAGAAGUACAUACACUUGCAAAUCUAUUCUCCUCUUGUACCUUUUCCUUUCAAAUUUUGCUCAAUAAAUUAUAACCAUAAGUGUAUUUUGGAUCUUUUAACUGCUGCUCCUUAUUCUUAGGGAGGAGUAAGUGGGAAAAGAAAUGCAGUAAUUAAAUGGAUUUUUUUUUUUCCUUUUUCUUGAACAUAGCGUUGAAUUAUUUGUAGAAGA